UCUUUCAUACAUUCCAUACGUGCUCGUGUUGUUGCGAUCAAGUGAUUCGUAGUAGUUGUCGAGUGUGAAAGAAGACAACUGUUAACGCAGAAUGGGUUUAGAGGAUUAUAAAGAAUUUGUGGCAUUAUGUGCCUCAAUUUGUACAAUGGGUCAUAUGUUAGCUGGAACAUUUACGUGUAAGGAUAUUUAUCGAAAAGGCUCAUCCAAAGGUUUUGAUCCAAUGCCCUUUUUGGGUGGUAUAGGAAUGUGCAUUUUGAUGCUUCAGUAUGCAUGGAUUGUGAGGGAUCCUGCAAUGAUUAAUGUCAAUGUCUUUGGAUUACUCACAAAUACAGUAUAUAUGGCUAUAUAUUAUUAUUAUUCACCACAGACGAAGGAUACGCUUGCUUUAAUAGGAAAGGCAACGAUUUUUGUAAUGGUCUUCCUUGUGUAUGCACAAAUGGAAAGUCCCGAGAAGAUCGAAUAUAGAUAUGGUUUAAUCGUGACAAUACUAUUCUUCUUCUUAAUGGCAUCUCCACUUAUACAUUUAAAACAGAUUAUACAGACAAAAAAUGUGGAUAUCCUUCCAUUUCCGCUCAUAUUUAUGGGCACCAUCGUAACGUUUUUGUGGCUAUUGUAUGGCAUUAUAAUUAAUAACACUUUUAUCAUUUUUCAGAACUCGGUAGGCUUCGUUUUGUCUGCGACGCAAAUGUCAUUGUUUGUGAUAUACCCUUCGAAAUCAAAAGACAAAGUUACCAGUCAAGAGAAGAAAGACUAAAAAUAAAAAAAGUGAAACGACAAUGGUUAAAAGUGGUUUUAACUCUCACAUUUUUUCUACGCGUAUACAAUUAAUUAUUAAAAUAAAGUGAACAGAUACGAACAUUUAUGAUAGUCAACGCCGUUGAACAGCUACUGGUGUUUGCCUAAAUAACUUUAUAAAUGAAUGCGAAUUAUUCACUGAAAUGUUCACUUUUGUAAAUCGUGAAAUUAUACUUAU